AUGAUAGCUCAUAGCGCGAACUCUUUAUCGGAGCUUCGAUCGCGGGGGCGACGCGCCGAGAUUAGUCAUCGACAGCUUGUCCCUCUUACGUCGACGGUCCCGCUUUCUCGACUGUUCUUCUCCCUUGCCUCUCUCUUUACAUCAACCUCCCUGUUGUACAGCUUUAAUAUCCUCUCUGCGUCGUUGUGGAUUCUCCUGCUCGUAUUGCUUGUCGAGUUUGAUACCUGAGCGUCUGAAGACGACACCGCAGCUCGACCCCCGAAGAAGAUUAUGACCGACGUCACCAUGCAAGUCGACAACCCACAGGCGGCUGUGGAAGCGCUCAAGCAUGGCGAGAUUGACGAGUCCCUGUACAGCAGACAACUGUAUGUGCUCGGCCACGAGGCUAUGAAGCGCAUGGGCUCUUCAAACGUUCUCGUAGUGGGUUUGAAGGGUCUUGGUGUUGAGAUUGCCAAGAACAUUGCCCUCGCCGGUGUCAAGUCUCUCACCCUGCACGACCCCGCUCCCGUUGCUAUCUCCGACCUUUCCUCCCAAUUUUUCCUCCGGCCUGAAGAUGUCGGCAAGCCCCGUGCCGAAGUUACUGCCCCUCGAGUCGCUGAACUCAACUCUUAUGUUCCGGUCACAAUUCACCAGGGCGGAAGCCUCGUGGCUGAUCUAGAGCAGCUCAAGCGCUACCAGGCAAUCGUUCUCACCCAGACGCCCUUGAAGGAGCAAUUGGUGAUCGCGGACUUCUGCCAUCAGAAUGGCAUUUACUUGACUAUUACAGAUACUUUUGGUCUUUUCGGGUACUUGUUCAACGAUUUUGGCAAAGAUUUCGUCGUUGGGGAUUACUCUGGUGAAGAGCCUGUCAGUGGAAUCGUCGCAGGUAUUGAUGAGGAUGGACUGGUGUCUGCGCUGGACGAGACCCGUCACGGACUGGAAGAUGGAGACUAUGUGACUUUCAGCGAAGUCAAGGGUAUGGAAGGCUUGAAUGCUGGUGACCCCCGCAAGGUUACCGUCAAGGGCCCCUACACUUUCAGCAUCGGUGAUGUCACCGGCCUCGGGACUUAUGAGGGUGGCGGUCUCUUCACUCAGGUGAAGAUGCCGAAGAUUGUUGACUUCCAGCCCUUGUCGGAGCAGAUCAAGAACCCAGAGCACCUGAUCUCGGACUACGCCAAAUUUGACCGACCUCAGCAGUUACACAUUGGUGUCCAGGCUUUGCACAAGUUUGCGGAGACUCACGACCGUCAGAUGCCACGGCCGCACAAUGACAGUGACGCUCAGGAUGUAUUGAAGAUCGCUACCGAGCUCGCCGCGGCGGAAGAAGAGAAGGUUGAGCUGGAUGAGAAAAUUAUCAAGGAGCUUAGUUACCAGGCUCGUGUCCUGAAGGCCGUUUCUGGAAAGUUCAACCCCGUCAAGCAGUGGAUGUAUUUCGAUUCUUUGGAGUCUCUUCCUUCUUCAACUACUCGUUCCGAGGAGAGCUGCAAGCCUAUUGGCAGCCGUUAUGAUGGCCAGAUCGCGGUCUUUGGUAAGGAGUAUCAGGAGAAGCUCUCCAAUGUGCGGCAGUUCCUGGUCGGUGCUGGUGCUAUUGGAUGUAAGAUCUAUGUCACCGACAUGGACCAGAUCGAGAAGAGCAACCUGAACCGUCAGUUCCUCUUCCGCUCCAAAGACGUCGGUCGCCUCAAGAGUGAAUGUGCUUCUGCUGCGGUCCAAGUCAUGAACCCUGAGCUCAAUGAUCAUAUUGUCACUCUCCGUGACCGUGUUGGAAACGAUACCGAGCACAUCUUCAACGAGGAGUUCUGGAACGGACUGGACGGGGUGACCAAUGCUCUGGAUAAUGUUGAUGCCCGUACCUAUGUGGACCGCCGCUGUGUCUUCUUCCGCAAGCCCCUCCUCGAAAGUGGUACUCUCGGAACCAAGGGUAACACCCAGGUCAUCCUGCCCUUCAUCACCGAGUCUUAUUCCAGCUCUCAGGACCCUCCGGAAAAAUCUUUCCCGAUGUGCACCCUGAAGAGUUUCCCCAACCGCAUCGAGCAUACCAUUGCCUGGGCUCGCGAUCUUUUCCAGACUUUCUUUGUUGGCCCGCCUGAGUCCGUCAACAUGUAUCUCUCGCAGGCCGACUACAUUGACCAGACACUCAAGCAGGCGGGUAAUGAGAAACAGACCUUGGAGCAUCUUCGUGACUUCUUGGUGACUGACAAGCCUCUGACCUUCGAUGACUGCAUUGUCUGGGCCCGUCAGCAGUUCGAGUCCCAGUACAACAAUGCAAUCCAGCAGCUUCUCUACAACUUCCCCAAGGACUCCAAGACCUCUUCUGGCCAGCCAUUCUGGUCCGGUCCCAAGCGUGCCCCGACUCCUCUGAAGUUUGACAGCUCGAACCCUACUCACCUUGGUUUCGUGAUUGCUGGUGCCAACCUUCACGCUUUCAACUAUGGCAUCAAGAACCCCGGUGUGGACAAGAGCUACUACAGCAAAGUCGUUGAUGAUAUGAUCAUCCCCGAAUUUACCCCAAGCUCCAAUGUUAAGAUUCAGGCCAAUGAGAAUGACCCCGACCCCAACGCCCAGCCCGCCGGCGGUUCCAACGACAGUGAUGAGAUUCAAAAGCUGGUAGAGACUCUGCCGUCGCCCAAGUCGCUUGCCGGUUUCCGUCUCCAGCCCGUCGAAUUUGAGAAGGAUGACGAUACCAACCACCAUAUCGACUUUAUCACCGCGGCUAGCAACCUCCGUGCUGAUAAUUACGACAUUCCCCAGGCAGAUCGUCACAAGACCAAGUUCAUUGCUGGAAAGAUCAUUCCCGCCAUCGCCACCACCACUGCCCUUGUUACUGGUCUGGUGGCUUUGGAGCUGUUCAAGAUUGUGGAUGGUAAGGACGACAUCGAGCAGUACAAAAACGGAUUUAUCAACCUUGCACUUCCAUUCUUUGGCUUCAGUGAGCCCAUCGCUAGCCCCAAGGGCAAGUACCAGGGCAAGUCGGGUGAGGUUACUAUUGACCAACUGUGGGACCGCUUCGAGCUGCCAGACAUUACUCUUCAAGAGUUCAUUCAAGACUUUGCCGAUAAGGGCUUGGAUAUCACUAUGGUUAGCUCUGGUGUGAGCUUGCUGUGGGCCAGCUUCUAUCCUCCUAGCAAGGUUAAGGACCGCCUUCCUUUGACAAUGAGCAAGCUUGUUGAGCACGUCAGCAAGAAGCCGAUUCCCGAUCACCAAAAGAACAUCAUCUUCGAAGUCACUGCGGAAGAUCAAACCGAGGAAGAUGUUGAGAAUAUCGUUAGGAAUGCUUUGUCAAAGCUGACCGAAGUGGGGCAGCAGCUCGGUGACUUGUCUGCUGAUGUUCCGAUCCCUUCUUCGCUCAUCAGCGUUGCUCCAUCAUUCGCGUCUACUUCUUCGUACAGAAUUCUUAACUUCCCCACGGUGCUUCUCCGCACCACUUCGAACUAUGGCUGUAAGGAAUCUACCCCUCACCACCAAAUUGAUCUCGUUCUGAUAGUCUCGCAGACUGGAAACAAGGAUAAGAUCACCGACUGGGUGAAUCCCAAUGACAAGUCGGGAGAGUUCAAGCGGCAGCAGUCUGUGUUCCGCAAUUUCAUCUCUCGCGAGCCUGGCGCCCAGUUCCCGCCGGAGAAGGGCCGCUAUCACCUCUACGUCUCCUAUGCUUGUCCGUGGGCUCACCGUACCCUGAUCACCCGCAAGCUCAAGGGUCUGGAAGACAUUAUCUCCUUCUCCUCUGUGCACUGGCAUCUCGGUGAAAAGGGAUGGCGCUUCCCCACUGCAGAUGAGAAACUCCCAGGAGAAAACACCGUCCCAGACCCCCUGCACCCCGACUUCACCCACCUGCGCGACAUCUACUUCUCCAAUGACCCGGACUACACCGGCCGCUUCACAGUCCCAGUCCUCUUCGACAAAAAGACAAACCUGAUUGUCAGCAACGAGAGCGCCGAAAUCAUCCGCAUGCUCUACUACGAGUUCGACAACCUCUUGCCCUCCGAAUUCAAGUCCGUCGACCUGUACCCCCAGAAACUACGCAGCCAAAUCGACACCUCCAACGAAUGGAUCUACAACGACGUGAACAACGGUGUCUACAAAUCUGGCUUCGCCACCACGCAAGAGGCUUAUGAGAAAGCCGUCACAACCCUCUUCUCCUCCCUGGACAGAAUCGAAACCCACCUGUCCAAGCAAUCCUCACCCUACUUUUUUGGCGACAGCGUCACCGAGGCCGAUAUCCGUCUGUUCACGACGAUCAUCCGCUUCGAUCCCGUCUACGUGCAGCACUUCAAGUGCAACCUGAGGGAUAUUCGCUCUGGAUACCCGGCUAUUCACAAGUGGGUCAGAGGUCUCUAUUGGGAUUCUCCGGCGUUUGGGGAGACGACGGACUUUGAGCAUAUCAAGAAACAUUAUACAAAGAGUCAUAAGCAGAUUAACGCGUUUGCAAUUACGCCUUUGGGUCCGCUACCGGAUAUUUUGCCCAAGGAUGAGGAAGUUCGAUCUGCCCAGGUCGCUAAAGUUUGA